UCGGCGGCGCGCGUGCGCACUGCCUCGCCGCGGCAUGACUGGCUGAGCGGCGGCGGGGGAGAAGAGAGGGAAGGUGGAGAGCGAUGGCGACGUUCUUCGGGGAGGUGGUGGUGGCGCCUUCCCGCGCCGGCGUGGACGACGAGGAGUCGGCCGAGGAGACGCUCGAGGACCGGGAGAUCCGUAGGGAGCUGGAGAAGAAAAGGGAGGUCGACGUGCUCUGGACCUUGAAAGCCGGAGGGUCCGCGGAAAGCGCUGCAGACGAGCCAAUUCCGUGCUCUAAGUUUAUAGUAGCUGUAGGACAUAAUGCUGCAGCUUUCCUGUCAUCUUUUAUUCUGGAUUCUGUAUGCUGGGAAGUAGUUGGAGCUGUGAAAUUGUGGAAUGAAUGGUGUCGAACAUCCAGCACAACAAACAUCCUCCUGACAGAUUCUUUCUGUUUGUUCUAUCGCCUAAUAUCAGACCCGACAGUUUUGUUGUGCCAGUGCAGUUGCUAUGUUGCUGAGGAUCAACAGUUUCAGUGGCUUGAAAAGGUUUUUGGCUGUAUGAGAAAGGAAGGCUUGCAAGUAACCAUUCUUUCAACAUGUCCUGUAGCUGAUUAUAAAACUCAGGAAUCCACUUUAACACUUCCAUCUCCUUUUCUGAAAGCUUUAAAGACAAAAGAAUUUAAAGAGCCAGUUUGCUGCCCACUGCUGGAACAGCCUAACAUUGUGCGAGAUCUACCUGCAGCUGUUUUGAGUUAUUGUCAAGUAUGGCAGAUUCCUGCAGUAUUGUAUCAGUGUUACACCGAUGUCAUCAAACUGGACACAGUUACAGUUGAAGCAUUCAAGCCUCUGCUUUCUUCUAAAAUCCUGAAAAGUUUAGUUAAGGAUGUUUCUGAAAGCACAAAGAUUUUGAAGAAGUUACUGACAACCAAUGAGACUCACAAUAAUAUCUAUAUAUAAAAGAGGCAUUUAUCACAUAGACUGCAUUUUUGUGAACUCUACAGUUCUUCUGUAGGGAAGAUCUUGGAAUUGUAGCUGUUUCCUUAAAAGCAGAAUAAAUCCUAAUAGAUUUUUACUUUUGCAUUUAUUUUUUUACUCUUGAAUUCGUCACUACAAACACACAUUUAUUCUGCAUGGGAUAGGAGACUUUCACCUGGAGCAAUUUUGUGCACAAAAGAUAAGUGGAAUAUGAAAAUCAACUUUAUUUUUUUCUCCUCCUAAAUCAGCUGUCUUUUUUUUUAAAUAUAUACCUUCUAUAUGCAAAAGAGAUAAUGCAGUUAGGGAAGUUAGUCAUACCUAAUGAGGACACCUAUCUUUAACUUAAGAGGUAAAACCUGCCUUUAUACUCAGUCUUCUUUAAAGCUUUGUGUGUUACAGAGAAAUAAACUCUGCAUCUUUUUACAUACGUGUGUCACACGUCUAAUAUAUGUACAUGUACACAUACAUAGAUCAUUCAGAAUGAAGCAUAGUCAAUAUUUUCAGCAGACUUACUAGCACAAACUGAAGAAUUUAAGGCUGGUUUUACGAAUCGGUAGAAAAGCCAGAAAUGCGGAGUUCCUUGGAGGGGCUUAUGCAUGGAUGGGCUUGGUUUGGAUGAUACUGCCUGCAUAGAUGGCAGGAAGGGACACGUGCCCUCAUUCAGCUUCAUCAGUUCCCAUUUGCAGCACUUAGUGAAAAACUCACCUCUUGUUAGCAGUUUCAGCUGAUACACAAAAUCAUGAACUGGAGCUGCAGAGGUGCAGCAGCAAGCAUUCCCUGCUUUCAGCUUUCAUGACUGUUGCAGAAAACCUCCUGCUGAAAUUGGGUGGUAGGCUUGCAAGCUGUUUCAGCUGGAUUUGCCAGUACUUGUGUGUUAGAGUAAGUUAUUCCAGUUUUGAAAUCACAUUUGCCAUGAAGUUCUAACUACUUCUUCACAUGAAAAAAUUCAUUUUGGUUUUAAUUUUACAGGUCAAAAUGUCUUCAAAUGUAUUUAGAUUGUUACAAGCAGAGUGAAUUAAUCUGUCCUCAUAAUCUGCUUUAAUCCUUUUAGUGGCUAGCAAUAGUAGGAAUAGUGCAUGUCUUUUAUACUGAAUAUGACAUUUUCAGAGAAAAGUAAGGGUUCAGAUUUUAGUGUUACAAAAUACUCUCUCAAAAUUAAUGACUUAAUUUCAGCAGUAUUUAAAAUAUUUAUUGGAAUUGUUAUGCAGAUAACUUUUAUAUACUCCUGGUAUAAUUCAACAUUUUAUUUAAGAUUAUGAUGCUAAAAAUAUUCUGUUGCUACCAUAGGUGUUGUCACUGCAUGGAGAUCUUUAAAUUACGUGUAGCUUAUUCUGUAGGACAAUAAGGACAACAGCUUGAAAGUUCUCUACUUAGUUUAAUUUUGACUUAUAGUGGAUACCCAGUGGAAAUUUUUGAACACUGUAUGCCUGUAAUGGAACUGUCAUCCCUUCUGAUUUGAAAAUGGUAAGCUUGAUCAGUGUCCACUCAAGCAAGUAAGCCCUGGCUUCAGCAGGUCUGUUACAAAUUCGGUUUUUGAAAUUUUUAACUACAUAAUGUAUAGCGGUUUCAACUGUAGUAAAAUGUUACUGAUGUGGAUUCAAAGUUGUUUAUCAGUCAGAAAUUGAUUUAAACUUCUGUUAAUAUAAUUAAAGUUUAGAGUUAAGCAAGUAACUUGCUUUAAGUGAUACUGUAUUUUGGAACAAACUGAUGAAGGGUGAAGUGCAGGAUAUGGGAUUUUUUUGUCUGUUUGCACAUAGUGUUUUAAUUAAAACCUGUUUGUAUACAUGA